UUCUCUAUAUGUGUCUUUUGCAAUGUAUGUUACCCUUCUCUUUUGCGUCACUUGUUUUUAUGUAGUCUCUUUUUAGCCAGCUUCUAUUUAUCUCAUAAUGCUCAAUGAUCAAUUACUCUGUCACAAUAUUUUAUCCAAUUAUCUAUGUCCUUAGUCAUCAUUCUUUGCAAUCAGCAAUUAUUACAUUAUUCAUUACGGCAUUCGUUGCUACUGAUACUGUCUUGAUACGUCGCUCAUAAGCAACAGACACUUGGCGUCAUAAAGCACAAUUCAUCUAAUGUCUGUGAGGAAAGAUCAGCAGAAUCUUUGACGCAGUCGGCAGUGCAGUACUAAAGCCUUGUACUUCUCCCGUCGAACACAACGCGAUGUUAGCGAUCGUAUCGCUUCUCUUUUGGCAUGUGGUGUGUGGGUCGUGUGGGAUACUCCAUCGACCGUCCAUUGCGCAGGACGAUGUUCGGAACAUGCAGUUAUCCCUUCUCGAGUACUAUCACGUGCCUGGAUCGCUGACGAAUAAACAGAUCGCUACGUUGUCCGAUCUCACGAACGUAACUCAUACGAAUGAGGUAUUGGAUAACAUAUGUGUCGUGAGGAUCGUAGGAACCGUUGAGCACGCGAAGGUGAAGAAGUAUAUCAAAAGGUCAAUGGAAAGCCUGGGUUGGACAGUUGAAUCGGAUCUAUUCCAAGCUGACACGCCUGUAUUUGGCAAGCUGCAGUUUGAAAACAUAAUAGCAAAGUUAAAUCCUAAUGCAAAAAGAUAUCUAGCGCUGGCUUGCCACUUCGAUUCAAAGUAUACGAGAGAACGAGACUUUAUUGGAGCUACAGACAGUGCUGUGCCAUGUGCUCAACUAAUUAAUUUGGCAACUAUCAUGAAUAAAUACUUGAAUAAACAACAAGACGUUAGUUUGAUGUUAAUUUUUUUUGAUGGAGAAGAAGCUUUCGAGGAAUGGGGUCCGCACGAUUCGAUUUAUGGUGCUAAACACUUAGCUAAACAAUGGCACAAUAAAAAAAAUGUUUACGGCGGAGAAAAUUUCUCUGAAUUAGAUAGAAUGGACGUAUUGGUCCUUCUUGACUUGAUAGGCGCUCCUGAUCCGACGUUUUACAAUUACUUUAAAAACACCGAAAAAUGGUACUCUUUGCUAGUCAGUAUUGAAAAGGAAUUAGCUCAAAUGAGGAAAUUUGAAUCGUAUUCAUAUGGCAGACCGGAACAGAAAUAUUUUCAACCGUACUCGUUCGAGGCGCAUAUCGAAGACGAUCAUAUCCCCUUUAUGAAGAAAGACGUGCCUAUUUUGCAUAUAAUACCCACCCCAUUUCCGCCCUUUUGGCACAAAUCUGGCGACAAUCGACACAACAUUGACUUGAAGACUACAGAGAAUAUCAACAAGAUACUCAGGGUAUUCGUCGCUUCUUAUUUACAAUUGUCGAUUGUCUAAUGACAUUGAAAAGUGUUACACGUAUCCUGGAGAAAUAAUUAACAAGUGUGCUUCUAUUUGUCAAUCCGAAGAUAUACAUAUAUGUACAAACAAUAUCAGGGGAAAUGUCUAAAGUCUGCAUAACGCUAAAUUUACGAAAUAUUACAUAUCUAUCGAACAAAUAAGAAAUUCCGGACACCACAAUAUUUAUAGAAUUCUUUACAUUGAGCUGCACACAGCUUUUUCGAAAUCUUUUGCCGUUUGCAAAAACAUCUAGCAAGACGUCUCUUUUCUUAUGAAAAACGUGAUAUUUGUAAUAUACGUAAUUAAUUUUAUAUACGUAAUUAAUUUAUUAUGUAGACGCAGCUAUAAUAUUAUACAGAAUGAGUAAAAAGUGUAGGAUCGGUAAAAUAUCUCAAAACCAUUUGAACUAAAGUUUCAUACAAAAGUUGUACAGUCUGAAGGGCAACAAAUAAUGAUAAAAAUUAAUUUUAAAAAAUUAAUUUUUUAAGAUUAUCGCCUUUUUUAAAAUAAAAUUAUAUAUGAUUUUUUAACACAAUA